CUUACAUCUCGGUGGCGGUAAAUAUUGAGCUUGUCAUUUAUUAAAGUUUAGUUAUUAAGAUGUCUAAGUAAAACUAUGCAAGACUAUAGUUAUGCAUAUUAUGACCACUGUGGUUUAGUAGUCUUGUUCAUGCUCAUAAAUGAGGCCGUAUAUUUCAACUAACAUAUUUAAAGAAAUCUAAAGUUCAGAUUGUUAUUAAGUUCUAUAUAUAUCACAACAGUUUUUUCUGUGCUCUUCUUCAAUGAACCUUAACUUUUGGUGGUUAAUUAAAUCGUGGCGAUUAAAGGGUAGGUCACUGUUGGAUAUGAACAGUCGACUGAGGCGACCAAGCUAUGUUCAGUCUACCUAUAGUCUGUAUGUGUUCCUUCAGUAUGAAUAGCUUUCCAUAAGCAUUAAGUGUCCACUUAACAAGUUUUGAGUAAACAAUUUUUCGCGGGUUUAGGACCUAUGAGGAACGGUUCAUUUAUCCAGAUAAUUCUGGAUGGAGUAAAAGCUUUUGUUUAACAGCAGUGGAUCACAGAUGCCUCCGAGUGUGAACCUACAUGUAUUUAACGACAAAAGAGAAAUAUUAGUGAAUUCUAAUGAAAUGCAGUCCAUAACCCUUAAGAACAUGUCUUUUAUUAAAGGACUCCUGGAAGUCGCUUCGACUACCUUGGUCGGCAGAUAAUUCCAGAAUUUGAAUAUCCGUAGAAAGUAAAGGUACACCUACAGUCCCUUCUGCUAUGUUGGGUCUAAUUUCUGGGCGUCACCCCUAAGGUUUGCGUUGGAACUGAGCUUACUUAGGCGUUUGAGGGUAUAUUCAGUAGUGUUCAAGAUGCUAUAAAUCAUUAGAAGGUCACCUCUAGAGCGCCUAUACUGUAAUGGAUAAAGGUUCGGUGAUCCGAGGCAUCUUUCAUAAGGUUUGAAUUUGAGUCUUCGCACUGAUUUCAUGGAUCGCCUUUGGAUACGUUCCAAUGUGUUCUUAUGCUUUUAGAGUGAGGAAGGAAACGCCAUAUUUUCAUACUCUAAAUGGGGUCGAAUAAAAAUGAUUAAGUGGGAGAUCCUACCUUUAAGCUGGCCAGAAAUGUGCUUCAGCGCUACCUAUGUUCCUCAUUCCAAUAUCCCAUCAGUUCAAAAUAGUUGCAUAACCAUAGUCGCUAACAUUCAUUAUUAUUUAGUGUACUAACUCUGUGAUAGACUAUACGUUUGUUUUGCCUCACUGUCAUUCGUCGUUUCUGCUUAUUGUCAUCUAUUUUCAAUUUUUUGGUAAGUGAUUCCAUUUAUACUCAGCCACUGUAGAAGUGUGUGUUUCACCCACUUCAAGCUGGACGAUCAGCUUAUUAGGCUAGGCUUUAGUUCUUGGUGAUAUUAAAUGAAGUCAUUAAGGUUCGUGAUUACUAGAGAUUCACGGCUAUUCAUCAAUAUUCACUAAAUCACAGUACCUCGUCUCUUUAUCCAACUAUACGUACAAGAGUGUAUGCUAAUCGGAUUACAUUAUAUAUUACUUGCAUUUAUGCUACAUUUGUAAUUCAAAAUUAACAGUUUCUGCAUUUCAUGUGGUCCAGGCUGAUAUACUUUCAUACUACAUUACCUCGGUUAAGUGGUCAAACACGACUUUCAAUCACUGGGUUGCAGUUUUGAAACUUUUUUAUUUCCGUUUAGCAAGUUUGGUAUGUUCCUCAGUCCUCACAAAAAGUAACAGAAAGCCGAUUACAAAAACAUUAUCAGUCACUCAAAACACACCACUUCUAUUUAUCAGUUAUAUGGCUCCUAAAGCGCCACACAUUUUUUAUCCUAUUUAGUUACUACCAUAUUUCUUCCUUUCAAUGUUCAGGAAUAUGGUUACUCUCUCCAUCUCUAAUAGAUUUGUCAUGAAAUGAUGAGGCAUUACUGAUCGGGAAAAUAAUUAAAUUCUGUAUGUCGUGGAUAAAUCCUAUUGUUAGUAAUUUUUGGUCCAAAAAUUAUGCUUCCAUAACUUUUUAAAUUUCAAAGCUCCAUACUUAAUUUCUAAAUUUCCACCACUCAGUUACAUCUAAUGGCUAGUCAGAAUUCCAAUUUAUCACAUCGUCGCACUACCAUGGUUGGCGACAGUGAGCAACAAAUUACGAGUUUCAAUGCUCAUAGUGCUUCUUUUCACACGGAAAACGACAAUUCCAUACCUUCGUUUGAUGAAGAAAUAUUUGAUGCUUGUCGCAAUGGGGAUUUGGCUCUUGUAAAAUGUCUACUGGAAAAUGGAGUUAAUGUUAACCUCAUAGAUACUUCAGGUCGAAAGUCGACACCGCUACACUUUGCUGCUGGAUACGGCCGUCGAGACGUUGUUAGUCUUCUCUUAGAUCACAAUGCAGAUGUUUCUGCUAGAGACGAAGGAGGUUUGAUUCCCUUGCAUAAUGCAUGCUCAUUCGGACACGUUGAUGUGGUGCACCUGUUACUAUCAGCAGGUUCUGACCCCAAUGCUGAAGAUUGUUGGAACUACACACCUCUACAUGAAGCUGCCAUAAAAGGAAAAGUAGAAGUUUGCAUUUUGUUACUUCAGGCAAAAGCCAAUCCCCACGCUCGAAAUUUGGAUGGCAAAACCCCUGUUGAUUUGGCUGAGGGUUCGGCCCGUUUAGCUUUGGUUGGAGAGUAUAGGAAAGAUGAACUACUUGAAGCCGCUCGAAGUGGGAAUGAAGAAAAGCUCAUAAAUCUGUUGACUCCACAAAAUGUAAACUGUCAUGCUGGAGAUGGUCGUAAAUCUACACCAUUACAUUUAGCUGCUGGUUAUAACCGUACAAAAAUUGUGAAAAUUUUGUUAAAAAAUGGAGCUGAUGUUAUCGCUAAAGAUAAAGGUGGUCUUAUUCCUUUGCAUAAUGCUUGUUCCUAUGGUCAUUUGGACGUAUGUGAAUUGCUAAUUAGUGCUGGUUAUGGUUCUGCUCAAGUACAUGCCGCUGAUUUAUGGCAGUAUACACCAUUACAUGAAGCAGCCAGUAAAUCACGUGCAGAAACAGAGAUUGCUUUUGAGUAUCGAGGAUAUGUUUUUCUUGAAGCUUGUCAAAAUGCAGACAUCCAUCAAAUUCGAAAAUUGCUGUCUUUACCCACUAACACCAUAUCAAGCAACGCCUAUCCAAUCGCCCCACCAUUAUCAGUCAAUUUUAGUGUUCCUUCUAAUACUUGUUCUUCAAUUCAUGAUGGGAAGUGCAUGCAUCAGAAAAAUUGUAAUAUUUCUUCAGUAUCGUCCUCAAGUCAACACCAAGAAUCCAUUCUACCUAUGCCUGUUCAAAUUAAUCAGGAUCUCCUUCAUUUCCGACACCCAUUCGUCGGUAACACUGCUCUUCAUUCUGCCUGUUGCGCAACCAACUCAGGAGAGCAGACCGUGACGAAAACAUUUCACCUUGGUUCAGGUUCUUAUCCUGGAUUUCAUUCACCAGAAAAUAAACAACUUAUAUCUCAUACACAGUAUACUAAAGACUUGUCAGUCAACUCAGUUAAUCGUAAUGUUUCUCCAGUCUUGGGUAGACAGUUGAUUGAAUGGCUUAUCGAUCAAGGUAUUGCGGUCUCAGAUUGCAAUGUUGAGGGACAAACUCCUCUUCACUUAGCUGCUCGUUACGGAUAUCUUGAGGCAGCUGCUUGUUUGUUACGGCGUGGUGCUGAACCAAACGUUGCGGACUGGCAUGGUUUCACACCUUUACACCUGGCUGCUAAAUAUGGACAUUCUCAUAUCAUACAGCUCUUAGUUCAAGGAUUUGGCGCAGACUUAAAUUGUACUACUAUACCAGGAGGCCAUACUGCUGCCUCUUUGGCUUCUACUGAGUGUGUCAGACGUCUUAUUGCAGAAUUAAGUCUUAGUCCAGUGAAUAACACUCUGAGUUCUUCACAAAAAUUACCCACUGAAAAACAUGUCACUGAUUCAUCAGCCCACAUGCCUUCAGCGCCAGAUGCAGAGAAAACCCAAAGUGCGGUUGUUUGUAGUCAGCAAGUUUUUCCAUUUUUAGUUUGUUCUGGAUCUCAUUCACAGGACAAUUCAAACAUGUUUUAUGACCCCAAAUACUCUCAGAAACCUACUCCAAACAAUCCUUCGUCUACUAAUCGUAGCACCACUACUACUCUUCCGAUUUCAAGUACUGAUUAUGUUUCCCCAUCUGGAAGUCACAGCUGGGCGGACAUAGUACUACAGUUGUUAGAAGCAGCUAAAUCCGGUGAUGUAGAAAUGGUUCGUCGUCUUAUUACAACACAUCAUUAUUCUGUUUGUCCGGAUGGUGCUGCAAAUGAAUUAUGUACUGAAUCAUCGGAGUCGUGUACUGUUACUGCCCCACUGGAUUUAAUCAAUUGUCGUGAUAUCGAUGGUCGACACUCAACACCUCUCCACUUCGCCGCUGGAUAUAAUAGAUUAGCUAUCGUAGAAUUACUGUUACAGUACAAAGCCGAUGUUCAUGCUAAAGAUAAAGGUGGUUUAGUACCCCUGCAUAAUGCUUGUUCUUAUGGUCAUGCUAAGGUUGCUGAACUCCUUAUUCAACAUGGAGCCAAUGUUAAUGUUACUGACUUGUGGCGUUUCACCCCUCUACACGAGGCUGCGGCUAAGGGCAAGUUCGAGAUUUGUCGAUUAUUGCUCAAACAUGGUGCCGAUCCGUUGAAAAAGAAUCGCGAUGGUCAUACUCCCAUAGAUCUGGUUAAAGAUACAGACAGUGAUGUUUAUGAUCUAUUACGCGGAGAUAUUGCCGUUUUAGAAGCAGCUAAGAAAGGGAAUUUAACUAAAAUAAAACGAUUAGUGACUUCAGAAAAUAUUAAUUGUCGUGAUACUCAAGGAAGAAAUUCAACACCGCUUCAUUUAGCUGCAGGCUAUAAUAAUAUUGAAACACUAGAAUUCUUACUAGAAUCAGGAGCCGAUGUAAAUGCCAAAGACAAAGGUGGUCUAAUCCCAUUACAUAAUGCAAGUUCAUAUGGUCAUGUUGAUGUAGCUGCACUUCUUAUUCGCUAUGGAACUUCAGUAAAUGCUGUAGACAAAUGGGGUUAUACACCGUUGCAUGAAGCUGCUCAAAAAGGACGAACUCAGUUAUGUGCUCUUCUGCUAGCUCAUGGAGCAGACCCAAAAAUAAGAAAUCAAGAAAAUCAAACACCUUUCGAACUAGCGACAGCUGAUGACGUUAAAUCUUUGCUGUUGGAUGUAAUGCUUCAUACGACUGCAUGUAUUACAACAGUCUCAAAGGAAAAUGUUCUUUCAUCGUCGUUCAAUUCUAUUACCUUACCUACAUCUAACUUGGACACAUCCUCACCUCAGCAAACAUCUUUUAGUAACCUGUUGCCAUCUAUGUCCAUCGGUCCACGAAUUGAGUGUCAAGGUCGCGAGUCUAAUUUACCGGGACCAAUUGUCCCAUCUGCAAAUAUUUCGAACCCAGUCUGUUCAUCAAAUAUGACUUUGGUUAAGUUGAAUAACUCAAGCUGUCCAGGUAAUGGUAAACUAACGACAGCGAAUUUUCUUAUGUCCCUCGGUUUGGGUCAGUUGAUCGAACUAUUCGAAAAGGAAUUAGUAACAAUGGAUAUACUUUUAGAAAUGGGUCAUGAAGAGCUGAAAGAACUUGGUGUAACUGUUUAUGGACAUCGUCAUAAAAUUAUCAAAGGGGUACAGAAAUGGCGCUCUAAUUGUACAACACAACAGUCCCCAUUAGAUCCCAGUAAUGAUACUCGCAAAUCAUCAAGCACCUUAUACCCUUCCCCUAUUCUGCAUUCUACAAGUCCAAUAACAACUCAUUUUCAUGGCGUUGGUGUAGCUGAAGCCACUCCAACUGGUCCUGCCUAUUUUCCUGCAGCAGCGGCCAAAAACACUGUGAUGAUAGAAAUCGAUUGUACAGAUUCAGAAUUCUUAGCUGUUGAGGAACAGAUUCAGAGCACAAUAAGAGAACAUAAAGAUAACUGUGGUGGGAUUUACAAACGAUAUCGUAUACUAAAAGUUGCAAGAAUUAGAAAUAAACGUCUAUGGGAUCGUUAUCUACACCGGUGUGCCGAAAUCGCUGAAGAUAAUUCUGGGCAUUAUAACGAAAGACUCCUAUUUCAUGGAUCCCCGUUUUUACAGUCUAUCGUUAUGAAGGGGUUUGAUGAACGCUAUGCAUAUAUUGGUGGAAUGUUUGGAGCUGGUAUAUAUUUCGCAGAGAACUCAUCUAAAUCGAAUCAGUAUGUAUAUGGAAUUGGUGGAGGAGCCGGUUGCCCAGCUCACAAAUCUCGUUCAUGUUACAUUUGUCCACGUCAGUUGUUAUUAUGUCGCGUUGCUUUAGGACGGUCAUUUAUUCAGUUCAAUGCCAUGAAAGUAGCUCAUGCACCCCCGGGCCACCAUUCAAUUGUUGGUCGACCAAGCGCAGGUGGACUCAAUUUCUCUGAGUAUGUCAUAUACAGAGGUGAACAAGCCUAUCCUGAAUAUCUCAUCACUUAUUUGUUAGUCCCACCUGAUCCAAAUGAUAAUGAAAAUAUCACUGAUCAAAAUCUACUAAAUCCUCUUACUCAUAAUACAAAUAUUGGACUUCUACCACCCACUAGUAACAGUGGUAUCACUAGUACAUCAUCUAAUGUUGGUGUGGCUAUAAACUCAGUACCCUGUUACACUGUGCCUUCAAACCAAAAAAUAUUGUAACGAGUUCCUGUGAUUCAUCUUGUGUACAAACGCCUGUUCAGU